AUGUACAAACAAGAAGAGUACCACUACUUACCUCCUGAGGUGAUGAGUGACCACUGCUAUGGCAGGAUGCCUUCCGCGGUACUCCCACCCCUGUCGCCUUCGGUUAAUGCGAGAAGACAAAAGGUGACCGACGAGAAUGAGCCGCCCACGUUGAACCGUAAUGACGACGAAUGUUUAUCGUCGGUUGCCGUUGAGCCAAGUUUCCAUUCCCCUCAGAACGUAUCUCAUUCUGAUUCAUUUGGCAGCUCAUCGUCUGUCACCAAGACUGCGUUUCUACCGGUUGACGUGGCUUGCUCUGACCAUGAGUUCGGCAGCAGCAUUACCUCAGGGGUCAUCGCCUCCAGUCUGCAGCAUCCUAUGAACUUAUCCAACGGCGGCCUGUCGAUCAUAAACGAGAAGCUUCCAGCGAAUAUCCUUGAAGGUGAAGAAACAGACUUCAUGGAGCAAUCGGCUGACGUGGAGUUGCACUAA